UAUGAGUACCAAGUAUACUAAACGACAACGAAGACGAUGGUCCUUUGAGUAUCAACACGAAACCUUUAACCCCAAAAGGUAUCUAGCUGGAUCGACAGAUUCAGUAGCAACUGGCGAAGAAAACAUAGAGGUCUUUCCGAAGGACUUCACAGAAGGCCUGGCUCAUGUCAGUAAUGUAAUACAUACCCUAAUGCUUCGCAAUGCAGUUAUGUCAAAGGAGCACGAGCGGAAAACGGAUAGACUUAUCUCAAAGAAAGAGGAAAUGUUGGUGGCAAAAGAUUGUGACAUCGACGAGCUAAGACAAAACCUGACACGAAAAGACAAUAUUGUAACUGUCAUGAAGGGAGAAAGUCUUCGCCAGGAGGAGGAGAAGGGGACUAAAGGCAUGGAUCAUGAUUAUCUACAUCAGAAACAAGAAAUUGAACGCCUGUCAGAAGAAAUCUCAACACUGAAGGAAAACGCUACUGCGUUCGAGCAUGUAAUGAAAACGGCUCAUAAAGAUGAAAUGGAAAAGUUGAUUUCCGAGAAAGAUUCCUUAUUUGCCAAAUUUGAGGAAGAAACGCGGAAGCUGUACAUAUCUUUCAGCAGGGAAAAUGCCCCCAUGCGUGGAGUAAUGAUGCAACAUUGACAGGAAAUGAAAGGCCUUCGCCAGCAAAAUGCGGAAUUGUCAAAAGACUUCCAAGGCAUACAGGAGCAAUUCAGCAAAGAUGUUAGAUCCCUAAGAAACCUGAUAAUUAACAACACAGAUGAAGAUUGCGUUAGAGAAUCUCAUGGGGAUUCAUGAUAGAGGGGUUUUGGGAAACAAAAGAUUACCAGGACACACAAGACCGAGUAAUAGCCAUUUGAAGAAGAAAUAGGCCACAUGAGGGUAUAUUUUGCUUGCAACCGAUAGAGCAAUGAAACUUUCCUAAAAUAGGAUUUUAUAUGCCCCGUGCUCUCAAGAAGCCUUGCCCUCCCCCCACCCACAACGUUAAUAGGAAAGAAAUCGUCGAGAUGUGGGGCUUCAACGCGACAUUUUGAUGACGUUACAUCGAGAUUCCAAGAAAUGAUUGAAUCUCGCGCUUUAGAAUCAGCCUUGCGUCUUCGUCCAAUUCUAGACGAAAGCUCGACUGAAUCUUUUCUUACAGUUUUUUUAACUAUCGAGUUAACCUUUCAAGAAAAUGACCUAAAUAAAGACACUAGGUAAUUACCAGGCGAGAGCAACAGGACUGUUUCAAUUUAGUCACGAUUUUAGUCGGAGUUUUAUUCCGGGUGGUAAACUUUCUCUAAUUUUGCAUUGUCGACCUAAAUGUUGUCAGAAUUUUGCUUUACUUUCUAAAUCUUUUUUAAAGUUUGCUUCGUCGCCAUGUAUGCAGGUUAAACGUCGCCAAUUUAGCGACUAUACUAUUUACACGGAAGAUUCGAGUAUAUGGCGUUUGUUCAUUGGUGUAGAACAAAGUCUUCUUACGAAAAUAAGUUUUCUAGGUAGAGACAAACGGGAAAAAUCGUCAACUGACUCUUGUUAAGGAUACGUGAAAAGAGCCUCUAAUAAAAAGAUUAUUAUUUUGAGGGAAAUAAUAUUAUCCAUUGCCCAAGAAACGAUUUUUUUUUCAGUUUUGAUACAUAUUUUCUAUUUUUUUUGAUAACCCUCUGCAUGCUUUAGGCAUAUUUUCCGUCAAUACUGAAACUUCUUGGAAAGCACCGUUGGGCCAGUUUAGAGUCCCCCAUCUGGACUCUGCCCCUACAGAAUUAUUUUAACAGCUAUUACCGUUGAUGUCAUAACUGCAGUGCACUUAAUUUCCAGACUGACCAAUGGAUCUUACCAUAUCUUGAAAUAAAAAACAAACC